GGGUACCUCCUCGUAUAUCGUUCUCUCUGUAUAUCUCUCACAUAUUCAUCAGAUCCCACCCCCCACUCCCAACGCACACACAAAAGCAAAAGCAAAAGCGCUCUCUCCCUCACUUUUACUACAUUCGUCUUUCUCCCUCUGCUCUUCAUUGUUUAUCUCACUUCGGCCUCGUUACCCAUAAAAAGCGAUCUCCAUUUCCGUUUGCUUCAAAUGAACUCGGUUGCAGCUUCAAGGAGGUUAUCGGUCUAGGGUUUCGGUAAACAUUGUCUAUCUUCAAGGUUUCUGGCAACCUGCAAUUAAGAAAGACUCAGAUACUUCUUCUAUAGCAUCGAGCUACUCUACCUUCACUCUUUGUGUCUCUGCUUUGAGAACAGAAGAUGCAGAUCAGGCCUCCACCAGAAGACUUUUUGUUGAAGGAGACCAAUCCCCAUCUUGGAGGGGGGAAGGUCACCGGAGACAAGCACACAAGCACCUAUGACCUCGUUGAACAGAUGCAGUAUCUCUAUGUGCGCGUUGUUAAGGCCAAGGAUUUGCCUGCAAAAGAUGUCAGCGGUAGUUGCGAUCCCUACGUGGAGGUAAAGCUUGGAAACUACAAGGGGACAACCCGGCAUUUUGAGAAGAAGUCAAAUCCCGAGUGGAACCAGGUGUUUGCUUUCUCCAAAGACCGGCUGCAGUCUUCGGUGCUUGAGGUUACAGUGAAAGAUAAGGAUUUUGUGAAGGAUGAUUUUAUGGGUCGGGUUUUGUUUGAUCUGAAUGAGGUUCCAAGACGGGUUCCCCCAGAUAGUCCACUGGCACCUCAGUGGUAUAGAUUGGAGGAUAGGAAGGGGGACAAGGUUAAGGGAGAGCUGAUGUUGGCUGUUUGGAUGGGUACACAAGCUGAUGAAGCGUUUCCUGAAGCAUGGAAUUCAGAUGCAGCGGGAGUUAGUGGAACUGAUGGUCUUGCUAAUAUGCGAUCGAAGGUAUACCUCUCUCCUAAGCUUUGGUAUUUGAGGGUCAAUGUCAUUGAAGCCCAGGACUUGCAACCGAGUGAUAAGGGUAGGUUCCCAGAAGUGUUUGUGAAGGCUACCCUAGGAAAUCAGGGUUUGAGAACCAGAAUUUCUCAAAGCAGGACUAUUAAUCCUUUGUGGAAUGAGGAUUUAAUGUUUGUAGCAUCUGAACCAUUUGAGGAGCCCUUGGUGUUGAGUGUAGAAGACAGAGUUGCACCUAACAAGGAAGAAGUUUUGGGGAAGUGUGCAAUUCCCUUGCAGUAUGUUGAUAGGAGGUUGGAUCAUAAACCAGUGAACACUAGGUGGUAUAAUCUGGAAAAGCAUGUCAUUGUUGAUGGUGAACAGAAGAAGAAGGAAACCAAAUUUUCCAGCAGGAUUCAUAUGCGGAUCUGCUUGGAAGGUGGUUAUCAUGUAUUAGAUGAAUCUACCCACUACAGCAGUGACCUUCGACCGACAGCAAAGCAGUUGUGGAAGCCCAGCAUUGGGGUACUUGAACUUGGGAUUCUAAAUGCUCAGGGUCUGAUGCCAAUGAAGACUAAAGAUGGGCGUGGAACAACCGAUGCCUACUGCAUUGCAAAAUAUGGUCAAAAGUGGGUUAGAACUAGGACGAUUAUCGACAGCUUUACACCCAAGUGGAAUGAGCAAUAUACUUGGGAGGUAUUUGAUCCUUGUACGGUCAUAACAAUUGGGGUGUUUGAUAACUGUCAUUUGCAUGGAGGAGAUAAGGCUGGAGGGGCCAAGGAUUCCACGAUUGGGAAGGUAAGGAUUCGUCUCUCCACACUUGAAACCGAUCGGGUUUAUACACACUCAUAUCCACUUUUGGUUCUACACCCCAAUGGUGUGAAGAAGAUGGGUGAGAUUCAUUUGGCUGUGAGGUUCAAUUGCUCCUCUUUACUUAAUAUGAUGCACAUGUACUCACAUCCACUUUUGCCCAAAAUGCAUUAUAUUCAUCCAUUAACUGUUAGUCAACUUGAUAGCUUGAGGCACCAGGCAACUCAAAUUGUAUCGAUGAGGUUGAGCCGGGCUGAACCACCGCUGAGGAAAGAGGUGGUGGAGUAUAUGUUGGAUGUGGGCUCCCACAAGUGGAGUAUGAGAAGGAGCAAAGCUAACUUUUUCAGGAUCAUGGGAGUUUUGGGUGGGUUAAUUGCUGUAGGGAAAUGGUUUGACCAGAUUUGCCACUGGAAAAACCCCAUCACAACUGUAUUGAUUCACAUCUUGUUUAUCAUACUGGUUAUGUACCCUGAGCUCAUCUUACCUACAAUUUUCCUCUACCUUUUCUUGAUUGGGGUUUGGCAUUAUAGAUGGAGGCCAAGACAUCCUCCUCACAUGGACACUCGCCUUUCUCAUGCUGAUUCUGCGCAUCCUGAUGAACUUGAUGAAGAAUUUGAUACUUUUCCAACUUCGCGGCCUUCCGACAUUGUAAGGAUGCGGUAUGAUCGGUUGAGGAGUAUUGCUGGGAGGAUUCAGACAGUGGUCGGUGACUUGGCUACUCAAGGGGAGAGGCUGCAAUCUCUGCUGAGCUGGCGAGAUCCAAGAGCAACAGCUCUGUUUGUAAUUUUUUGUCUGGUUGCUGCUAUUGUACUUUAUGUUACACCAUUCCAAGUUGUGGCCCUUCUCACAGGCUUUUAUAUAUUGAGACAUCCAAGGUUCCGGCAUAGGCUUCCUUCGGUACCCUUGAAUUUCUUCAGGAGGUUGCCAGCCAGAACAGACUGCAUGUUAUGAGCAAAGUAGUUUCAUCUCCAGUUGCUUUUAAGUGGAAAGGCGCUGAGUUCCCCUCUUUCUUGUCAAGUCCUUGGAGAAAAGGUGGAAACAAAGGGAGAUUGUCUGCUUUCAAUGUUUGGCAGCUGUUGUUGGGUUCUGUGUGUAACCUUCCUCUGAAGGUAGUAGAUUUUGUGGACUUGCGGCUUAACCAAUGCCAUUUUUAGUAUUUCUGUUUGAAGCUUGACUUUGUGGUAAUCAGUUAUUGUUCGUCUAUAAUUUUGUAGGUUGUGAAUUAGGCUAUGCUGAACCAUCUUUAUGCUUAUGAAUAUUUGCUACAUUUUUGCUU